AACAAAGCUAAGCAGCCAGAGUGGAGAAGUUUACGCCCAGGACGCCCGGCUGUAAGAAGUGGGGAUAUGUCAGUCAAACAGACGUCCAGUAGAGCGAGCAUUCACACGCACUGAAUGCACGCACAAGCGCAUUCUAACAAUCAGGAGAAGCAAUCCAAACCAUCACUCCUUACCAUCACAUCUGUUUCGACUUUGCAACAAUGGCAGGCAUCGCUGAAACAUUAUUAUGGCAAGGUUUUCGUUUAUAUACGAGCCCUGAUGCAUAUGCAUUCGAACCAAAAGAUCAAGCUGGAAAAUCCGAAAUUCUGGUGAUCGAUCGUGCUGAUGGAGAAGUUAAACUAGCAAAUUCCGUUCCUGAUUCAGCAACAAAAGGUAAAGCAUUGGACGUUUGGGGUAUAAUUGGUAUCAUUCAAUUGCAUAUAAGCAAGUUCCUUGUGGUAAUCACUUCAAGGAAAGAAAUCAAAGUGGCAGGUUUGGCCGCUCCGGUUUAUCUGGCAACCGAUUUUCGUUUAUUCCCAAUUCCAAAAGAUGCGAAGCCAAGCUUGUUAAAUCACCCUAUCGAGAAAACACUCCUGAACCUACUCAAAGGACAUCUUUACAGUGCGCCUUUGUAUUUCAGUUAUGGAUGGGAUAUCGGUAGUAGCUUCCAACGUCAAAGUCAACCAAAUUACGAAGUGAAAGCAGCUUUAUGGAAAAAGACUGAUGAAAGAUUCUUUUGGAAUCGAUUUUUACAAAACCAAUUGAUCUCCGCAACUGAAAAGCCAGGUGGUCAAGACUUUUCUCGAUUUAUCAUGCCAAUCGUAUUUGGUUUCUUUGAAACGAAAUUGGUCACAAUCGGUUCGCGAAAGUUCUUAUUCGGCCUGAUUUCUCGUCGUAGUCGUCACCGUGCAGGAACGCGAUACUUCUCUCGCGGUAUUGAUGAUAAAGGAAACGUUUCAAACUUUAACGAAUCUGAACAAUUUGUUUUGGCAGAUAAGGCUGGCAAUGAAGAAAAAGAUCUUGUCGGACAAGUUCGUUUGAGUUAUUUACAAACCCGUGGAAGUGUUCCUGUAUACUGGGCAGAAGUGAACAAUCUGCGUUACAAGCCAGAUCUGUUAAUCAUGGAUCGGGAAGAAACUGGAGAAUCAACUGCUCUCCACUUUAAGCAACAGACAGAUUUGUACGGUGACAAUUACCUAGUAAAUCUUGUCAAUCAAAAAGGCUAUGAGAAGCCAGUCAAAGAUGCAUAUGAAAGGGCAGUGGACAAGCUAGACAAUCCCAAGGUUCAUUAUACCUAUUACGACUUCCAUCAUGAAUGCAAAGGGAUGAAAUUCCAGAAUGUGAUCGAUUUGGUCAAGACAUUAGAAGAUAAAGGACAUAGCCCAAAGAAUGCUUGGUUUUAUUACGACGUAGGACAAAAUAAAAUCAUGCAAGCACAAAAAUCUGUCGUUCGAACCAAUUGCAUGGAUUGUUUAGACAGAACAAACGUCGUUCAAAGUACGUUGGCAAAAUGCGUUGUCGAACAACAAUUACGUGAAGUUGGCAUUAUUGGCAAAGAAGAUACCCUGGAAAAACAUCCAGACUUUUGGUUCAUUUUCCGUAAUGUUUGGGCAGAUCAUGCGGAUGUGAUCAGUAAGGCAUACUCUGGUACAGGGGCACUAAAGACAGAUUUCACAAGAACGGGUAAACGAUCAAAAGAAGGUGCACUGCAAGAUGGUGUGAACAGUGUAACACGUUAUGUUCGUAAUAACUUCUUUGAUGGUUCACGUCAAGAUGCUUAUGACUUAUUCACGGGUGCAUGGACCCCGAGAAAAGGCGUUCGUGGUGAUAGUCGUGCAUUGUUGGUUCGUGUUUUACCAUACGUUUGGUUAUUGAGCUUGUUUGUGAUCUUUUUGGCAAUCUUUAUUCCUUCUUUGAUUGAACAUGCAGGACCAAGUAAACAAGUUUUGGGAGUUGCAAUCGCAAUUGCAACCGUUACAUUCUAUUCAAUCACCGAAAGAGGAUUACAAUAUGUUGCCUGGCCAACGCUCAAUUAUCCGGAAAAUGUGAUCAAUUAUACUGGACCGGGUUAUGCAAGCGGCAGAAAAGGUAGAACCGGUUCAGGAAAAUAUGCAAUCAAUUCCUCAAAGCCACAAUAUACCUCUGCUUAUCAAUCAAGAACAUCUUCUUCCGCUCCGGGUAGACGAGGUGAUACAUACGACAAAGAAGAGUAGACG